AUGUCUGAACAGGAGGAGUCAAAACGUAUCUCGCUGCAAGUGACUUCAUUAUCAACACAACUCAUUGAAAGUAUUGAUAAACAAUCACAACUAGAAGAACAAUUGGUGACGGCGAAGAAGACUAUAGCUAGCCAACAACAUGCUAUUGAUUCUUACAAUGAGUUAAAGCAAAAUUAUGAAACUUUAAAGCAAGAGUAUGAGAAAGAUCGAGAGAAGUUCAGGAAACAAGAAGUUAUUUGUGCUGAUGCUGAGAAAAAGGUUUCAUCUUUAAAUCAAGAGAUUGAGGAUUUAACAGCAUCCUUAUUCGACGAGGCAAACAAUAUGGUAGCUGAUGCAAGAAAGGAAAAGAACUCAGUGGAAAUACUUAACGCUAAGCUCAAGGAACAAUUGAAAGAGAAGGAUUUGUUACUGGAUACCUUAUCUAUGCAGCUGAAAAACCUUAAAAACGUGCUUUACAAAUUGGAGAACGACCACUCCUCUAAAAACGUUUCAAUAUCAGAUUCUGCGAUGUCUUCAAGUACAUCGAUCGAGAGGUCGACCACAAAUCAAACUUCCACAUAUGAGAAUUUGCAGGCUGCGCCAUCAGGACUCCUAUUCUCUCCCCUCAUCCAAGCUCUAAGAUACGAUGUUCCUUUAUACACAGAAUACUUAAAGUUCCUAGCUGUUUUACCGGAGUGUGAGACGAUCCACCAGACCUCUUCAGACUCUAAGCUAAUAAAAAGACUUGUGAACUAUGAAAUAUUGCCAGUGUUGAGGUUGGAUAAUGCAUCUGGGAUUGGUUGGUUGACCAAGAGAAACUUAAUGAAUUUGAUGAUGGAAGGUUUAGUUUCUAUUGAACCAAUCAGCGGUGUAAAUGAAACUUAUCGCUCAGGAUAUGCUUCUCCAACCGUUACAGAUACACCAAAUUCAGAAUCUAAUGAAUCACACCUGUUUAGUCGCCCUCUGAAUUCCCCACCAGUGGCUAUGCUAGAUCCAUGUGCAUUUUGUGGGGAGAAUAGAAAUGAUAUUCUAGAACAUGGUAGGCUUUAUGUCUUCAAGACAUAUCAAAAACAAGAGGAUGGAAAAACGGAAGUGCAAAACCAAUUACCAGUUUGCCACUACUGUUUAAUAAAGCUAAGACAAGUAUGUGAAAUAUUUGCAUUUUUAAGGUCAUUAAAAUCUGGUGCCUGGAACUUAGAGAAGGUUACUUUAGCUUCUAUCAAGGAUGGCAAUUUGACCAACUACUUUGAAGUUUUAAAGACAUCUAAAUCAAAGUCAAAAUCUAAAAGGUUAAGCAUAUUCCAAGGUUUCAAGUCAUCCCAAACUAGUACACCGGUAACAGAAAAUUUACAUCAAUUCGCAGAUAAAAAUGGGUUACCAACUACGAACAUUCAAAGAUCUUGGGCACGUCUUUCACAGCUUCGGGCAUCUUUACAUUGGUCUCAUAUCGGUGUAUGGUCUCUAGAUGAAGCAUACGCUGCGGAUAUUACUCCUGCUUCGGAGGCCAACAAGAUUAAGGACGGGGAAGAACAUGGAUUGGGUAUAACCUCCGAACAAAUACCUAUUCCGUUAACUCCAGAGGGGGACGAAACAUUUGACUUUGAAGCUGCAAAUUCUUCAACCAAAUCAACUGGCGCCGUAUCGGCCAACAACUCUUCCGAUAUACAAGAAGAUACAACAGAAAUUAUAGAAAAGGAAGUUCAAGAAAUUUCAGAUGUGGAGAGCUCUUCGGUUUUUAAAGAAUCUCAAGGUGAAAAGGUAAAGGGAGAACUUGAAUUAACUGAUGUAUCAGCACAUGGUGAUAAAACAGAGUCACAUCAGCAAACAGAGGAGCAAAAAUUGAACUCAGCACCAGACGUGACUCCAGUACCAGAAGACCUUAGCGACAUAAAGGAGUCAGUUGAUCAGUCCCCUGAAACACGCGAUUCAUCUGAGGAACCAAAUGAAGUACUGGAUGCGUAUGGCAGCCCGUCUGUAAAAACCUCACGUAGUACAGAUUCAGUUCGAGAGAACAAUCCGAAAAAUAAAUCCUCACCAUCUUCAGAUGAUAUUUCUGAAGAUGAAGAUCAUUUCAAUGAUGCUAAAGAGGAAGUAGACUGA